AUGGAAAAAUGCAAAAUAGAUUCGCAGUGUAACCCAGAUUUUUCAGCAGGCUGUGAUAGUAAAACUGGCACUUGCAGCCCAGGUAAAUCUUACCCUAACUGCACCUAUGAUUAUGAGUGCAAAAAUGGAGAAUGGUGCCAAGGAGGAGAAGAAAGCGGAAAAUGUGUCUCUUUGCUUCCAAUUGGUCAGUUUGGCUGCGAAUAUGACACAAGUUGCGUUUAUAACGCAGGCUGCCAUGUAGCAAAUCCUGAGAAUUCUUAUUUAAAUUUAUGUGUCGAAUAUGGGUCAAUUCAACCUGGUGAGACAAUUAAAGCUGAGUCUUGUAUAGAUAAUAAAAGCAGACUUUGCAGCUCGGGAUACUGUAGCAUUGCAGAAGAUGGCAAUUAUUAUUGUUUAAAUGAACUGAAAUCCCUAACUUUUACUCCUAUGAGAUGUUACAAUUCAGAAGCCUUUGAUUUUUGCCCUUCACAGAUAGACAAGGUGACUGGGUAUUACCAAAACGGGACUUGUCUGUGUGGGCUAAAUGAAGAGGGUUAUGGCUACUGCUCCCUGCACCAUGGAGAUCCCCCAUUUAUCAGAUACAGAAAACAGCUUCAAAAGUGGCUUAACAGCAAUGAGGUCAAGAAUUGCAAUACAGGCAGGAGGUUUGCUUUGUCCUGCGCUGAAAAUUAUUGGAAUAAGGACGAUUAUGCAAUUUUAAGCUAUUAUGCUUUGUAUGUUGAUUAUUACUCAGACUUGCAAGGCUCUGACAAGUGUAUAUGGGCAACAGUAUAUCCUGAUUACGCUGCAGCCAAAAAAGAGUACGAAAAAGUAAACGCUGCUGGAUUUUUAGCAUUAUCAAGUUUAUUAUUAUUUAGCUAA